GGCGGGAAGAGAGCCCUGGGGGUGCCGCCGGGAUCGGCCACCUUAGAGGGAACGAUGCUCAGGCUUCGCCCCAAAGCCUGGCCGGGGACACAGGGUGGGGGGGAGGCAUGUGCUUCCCUCUGUCCGAACCCGCCUCGGGAGGCUGAGCGCACCAGAUGUCUCGGAUGCUCUUCCAAAGUGUCACUGUUACUUUGCUUUGGAUGGAGACCAAACCCUCACUAAUAGCAAUAACAAAAAAAAAAAGCAAAUUUGGAUAGAGGCAGGAAGGGAUCUCCCUAAUGACAUGCUCACUCUAUGGUGCAUCUCUUGCCGGCGCUCCUCGUCCGUGACUAAAGCUCUCCAGCCCCGCGUGGAAGGACAGUCCGACGUGGGCUCUCUCAUGCCUUGUCUUGCCCUUCUUCCCUCCUAAAACCUCCCUCUGAAGGAUGGCAGCUGCCUCUUUCCGCUAUGGCCUGACCAUCACCGGGGCCGUGCUGCUGGUGACGGGGACGCUGUGCUUUGCCUGGUGGAGUGAUGGGGAGGUCGGCUCAUCGGCUGGCAGCGGGACUCGCCUCCUGCCUCCCCGGGAAGCCGAGGCAGUUCCCAGCUCCUCCUCCUCCAGCGCCCUGCUCCGCUCCGUCAGCUUCUUCUGCUGUGGUAUUGGUGGCAUCCUCCUCCUCUUCGGCCUCCUCUGGUCCGUGAAAGCCAACACCAGGGUAGUCUCCCGCCGCUACCAGUACCAUUUCCCCAGGGACCUGCAGUACUUCACCGCGGAGCCCCCGGAGAAGUGGAACUGCAGCAACUGGGAUGCCAGUGCCAUCCCCACCUAUGAAGAAGCUCUGACCUGCAGACCUGCCCACGGUGCCCUGGCCUAUGUCCAGCCCCCGAGGAGGAAGGAGGAGCUCACGCCACCCCUGUACUGCUACCUGGAGGAGGAUGAGAGCUGGCAAGGUGGCCGCCGGCGCAGCUCCUCCGACAGCGCCUUGUUCCGCCCCAGCCCAUCCUGGCUGGAGACCCUGCACCCCGAGGAGCCGCAGGCAACGCCUCCCCCCAGCUAUGAAAACAUCAAUGUCCGAGGGGUCUGAGCUGGGGGCAGCAAGGGCCAUGACUCUGUGGGUGGCUGCCCAGUCCCUCAGCUUUAAACUGAGCCUCUUCCUUUGUGGGGAGGAGAGGAGGGUGGGGGAGGAGGGGAAAGGGUCAGCCAGGCUUUCUGAACUAUCAGUCCAGGGCUGUUGGGAUUGCGGGUCCUGUGGGUGAUGCAUUCAAAGCAUUGGGGGUAACUGGCAUGUUUGAAAGCCUUCAUAUUUUUAAUAAAACCACCGUUGGUUGCAGA